GCGCGCGGGGCGCCGUGCGGCGUGCGGGUCGGGGCCGAGCUGGGCGCUGGCUGGCGGGGCUCGCCCGGGACCGCCUCAGGCUCGCCCCCCGCGCCGCCCGCCGGCUGGCCUGCGCCGGCCCGCGUCCGCCGCUCCUCAGCCCCGUGCGGGCGCGCCGGGACCGCGUCCGGGCAGCAGCGGCUGCCAGCGCGGGGCACUGGGCGGCCACCCCCAAGGGACCGGGGCUGCGCGGCCGGUGCGCGCCCCGCGCCGCCGCCGCCGCCGGGCCGCCCUCUGGGGUUGGCUCCGGCGCGCCCCGGCCGCGGCGUCCGGCCCGGGUUCCGCGCAGCUGGGGCGCGGGCGGGGUCGGGGCUUGCGGGGCCGCCGCCGCCGCGCGCCCUCGCCGAGUCCGCGUCCCGGGCCCGGGCGGCCGGCGAGCAUGGAGGAGAAGUACCUGCCGGAGCUGAUGGCCGAGAAGGACUCCCUGGACCCGUCCUUCACGCACGCGCUGCGGCUGGUGAGCCAAGAAAUAGAAAAGUUUCAAAAAGGAGAAGGCAAGGAUGAAGAAAAGUACAUUGAUGUGGUGAUUAAUAAGAACAUGAAGCUGGGACAGAAAGUGUUAAUUCCUGUAAAACAGUUUCCCAAGUUCAACUUUGUGGGGAAACUUUUGGGUCCACGUGGCAAUUCUCUGAAACGUUUGCAAGAAGAAACAUUGACAAAAAUGUCUAUACUUGGAAAAGGUUCCAUGAGAGACAAGGCAAAGGAAGAAGAGUUGAGGAAAAGUGGAGAAGCAAAGUACUUCCACCUCAACGAUGACCUCCAUGUUCUCAUUGAAGUUUUUGCCCCGCCAGCAGAAGCAUACGCCCGGAUGGGACAUGCGUUAGAAGAAAUCAAAAAGUUCCUUAUUCCUGACUAUAAUGAUGAAAUCAGACAAGCACAGCUCCAGGAAUUAACAUAUUUGAAUGGUGGUUCAGAAAACGCAGAUGUACCAGUUCGAGGGAAACCCACCUUGCGUACGAGAGGUGUACCAACCCCCACAAUAACCAGGGGACGGGGAGGCAUCACAGCCCGGCCAGUUGGAGUUGGUGUGCCACGAGGGACGCCAGCUUCCAGGGGAGUCCUUUCGUCCCGAGGGCCAGUGGGUCGGGGAAGAGGACUUCUCACUCCCAGAGCACGAGGAGUUCCCCCAACUGGGUACAGACCUCCACCGCCACCCCCAACCCAGGAGACCUAUGGAGACUAUGACUAUGAUGAUGGAUAUGGCACGGCCUACGAUGAACAGAGUUAUGACUCCUAUGAGAACAGCUACAGCACCCCAGUCCAGAGUGGUGCUGAUUACUAUGAUUAUGGACAUGGACUCAGUGAAGAGACUUACGACUCCUAUGGGCAAGAGGAGUGGGCUAAGUCAAGACCCAAGGCCCCCUCGGCGAGGACAGCGAAGGGCGUCUACAGGGAGCAGCCGUACGGCAGAUACUGACUGUACUGUCUGAUGUUGUGAAAUAGCCAGUCUCCGCCAGUCCUGUGUACUGUUCAAAGUAAUUUUUUUCUAUGAACAAUCCCUUUUUAAAUAAAUCAAAUGCUUAAAAUAUGAAUGGAUGGAACUUAAAACUACUUUGUUGAAACAACCUGGGCAGAAAAAAAAGACAUGUAAAAUUUUGUUAUUUCCAGUCUGUAUAUGAAAAAAUAGGUCAUCAAAAGAAAAAAAAAUAACUUUGAUUAACUAGUGUUAAAAAAAAAUAGGUUUACUAAAUAUGUUAAUCCAUUCUUUUAAUAUAAGCCUCACCUUGCAUUUUAAAGGUUUCCAUAGAAAUUUAUUUUAUCUUUCAGCCAUAUGCUAGUUUUUUUUUCUCUUGCCAACAUGCGUAAAAAGGGAAGCCAAUUAUAAGUGCAAAUAAUGUGGUAUAUUCUUUUGUAACUCAAGUCUUGAAAUGUUCUGUAGUGUUAAGCAAAGUAUCCCUCUUGCUUGAUACUAAAUAAACUUUUGAAAGAAA